CAUUAAUCAUAAUAUACCUUUAAAACAUCAUUGACAACCACAAGAUAAAACAUUAAUAACGAAUAGGCAUUGCAAUGAAAAUGCAAGCAAAAUUAUUAAUAAUAAACAUAUAACAAUUUAUUAAUAGCAACCUUAAAAACAUUAAUUACAGUAAUACAACAAACACACAUAAAAAUGCAACUAUCUUCUCAAAAUGUUGAUAACGAUGGAAAUAAAUAUUUAUAAGUAAGUUGUGCUUCAUUUAAAAUGCAAGAAAAAUAUUUGAUAAUGAUCGAAUCUAAUUAUCGUCAAUCACAUUACAUAUUAUUAAUAAUUCUUUCUCAAACAUUGAUACGCUUAUAUCACUUGCUGACAAUUAUACAAAUUAAAAUACUGAUAUAGGGAAACAUUAAUAAGUAAUAACCAUAAUGUAUGUCAUUAAUAAUACCUACAAAAAUGUUAACAACGUUCCAUUAAACCAUUCAAAAGGAAAGCAAAAAUUGUUAACGAUGCUUGUUGCCUAUAGCCAAAUCCUUUUCAACGUACGUAAAUACAUUAACAAUCGACUAGGAAUGGUUAAGAAUCAGUUAUGAACUAUUAAUAAUCACCGCAAAAAAAGGCAAUAACACGAUUGAAAAAUUUUAACAACCAUAGGAAGAUAAUUUACCAUUACUUCACAAAAUGUUAAUAAAUAGAUCGAAUAUUAUUAAAAUUGUAACGUUAAUUUGCUAAUAACGGUGUCGAGAAUAUUGACACAGAUAAAAAUAUUAAAAAUAUUUUCAUGGUCGGGUAAGAGCAUUGAAAAUAUUUAUAUAUAUAUUGCUAAUGAUUUGUAGCAUAAAGGUUGAUAACUUUAUAUUGGAUUGUCAACAACGUACCGAUGAAAAUGUAUGUCAUUAAUAAUACCUACAAAAAUGUUAACAACGUUCCAUUAAACCAUUCAAAAGGAAAGCAAAAAUUGUUAACGAUGCUUGUUGCCUAUAGCCAAAUCUUUUUCAACGUACUUAAAUUCAUUAACAAUCGACUAGGAAUGGUUAAGAAUCCGUUAUGAACUAUUAAUAAUCACCGCAAAAAAAGGCAAUAACACGAUUGAAAACCUUUAACAACCAUAGGAAGAUAAUUUACCAUUACUUCACAAAAUGUUAAUAAAUAGAUCGAUCAGAUUAAGCAACCACACCCACGAUGCAUACUCUAUUAAGCAAAAACACAAGAAAGGGAAGAUGUCGAAGGGAGCUUCAACGAUGACGUGAAGUUGCUCCUCCCAACGAGAUUUGCAACGCUGAAAGGAUGGAUGGAAGACGUCGCCAAGCUGCGGAUUUAACGAGAUUCACGGCGCUGCAACCAACGGAAGGAAGGAGUUCGAAGUUGCGGGAUGGACGAGAUUCUCGAUGCUGCAGGUGAUCGAGAAGCGGGACGGAUCGCAUGUGCAUCACUGCACCGAUGGAAGCUCCGAGAUGCUAAAUAGGGCGGAGCUGGUGCACCAGAAAUCGACGUACGAUCGAAGGUAUCCAUGCAUAAGAAAAACAGAGUUGUUGUCAACGUCGCCGGAGCCGCAGAACUUGUGGAAGCAGAAAAACCUAGAGCAUAGUAUAAAUAAACCCUACAAUAGUUUAACCAACGUAAUACAUGGGGUUAGUAUAAAUAAAUAAAAUAAUAAUUAAUUAAAUUAAAAUUGUAAUGUCAUCCCUACCCUUAACUACCUAAAACGGCUAACUACCCACUAACUACUUAAGAUUGAUCUAAUGGUCCAUAUUAACUUAAGGAACUUCUUAAGUAUAGAGACUUAAGGAUGUGAACUCAUCCCGUUCAAGUCAACCAUUAAAAAGUGGUCGUUGAAAAAUAUGGCCAUUGGCCUAUUAUGUCCUUUGGGGACAAAACAAGCCAAAACAAACACUCCUUAAAACUAGAAAAGAAAAAAAGGCAUCACGCACGCGGCCCAGCGGUGGGCCCGCCCCUCCCUUUUUUUUUGUCACAAAUAUUCUCAUAGGUAACAACUGUAUACGAAUUGGAAGCUUUUUCAGGCAACCAUAAUAAAACAAAUAAGAGAAAGGGACGACACGACAAAUAGCCGAACCAUCGAUAAGAGAGAUUUUAUCGCCACGCAACGGGCAACUAUUUAAUAUCUAUACGGCAUGGGCAAUAUCCAUGAUUCUUACCCUAUAAAGGUGCGAAUCGUGGAACUGACCAUGUUGAAACUGAAGCAGAGAAGAAAAUCUUUGUCGUUCUGGCAGCAAGAAUAACCUACGCAUUGACCAGAAUUUAUGAUUGUGCUUCAACCCUUUUCAGGACGAAAAUGAAAGACCAAGCCGCUGUGACUGUCAGGUGACCACAAUACAACAUCAAUUCCCUGCAAAUCUAGCACCAAAAUAUGUCCGGAGCAUAAACGUGAUAGAAAUUAAAUCACUAAUAACACGGAUUUGGGAUCUCUAAUUUUUUCAAGGGCUUUUGUUCUUCAGCAGCCGAAGUGGCUUCACCUUCAAAAUAGAACAAAAAACAGACGUGCCGAAGCGAACCAGGCCCAUAACUCUGGAAAGGACACAAAUCCACCCUGAUGCUGUCAACCAAAAUAUACAUAAUAAACAACAAAGACGACACGUCGACACCAAAACCAGCACCGGCGAAAUGAAGUAAUAAAAUAGGAAUAGGAAAAAAAGAGAACAUAUACAUUCCCUCAAUCGAUUAGCUUCAACGAGUGAUAGCAGCUACUGUCAUGCCCUCGCACAGGCUCCCCCAGACUCCACCGCUGCAUCUUUUCAUAUAGGAUAAGUAUAAUAGUAAAGAUAAUAAAUAAUUACAAAUAAAAUAAAAUAGGGCAACGGGCAAGCAAGCGACAACGGAUGCUGCCCGGCUGAACUCCCAUCGCUCACCAACGACAAAGACCCUGACAAAUAGCAAACCGUGGAAGAAGAUGAGGGCUACCUCCGAAAUAAUCUGAUGGGUGUCGAAGCCUAUAAAAGAAUUGGAAAGCACAACGUUCAUGUCAAAAGGUCCUCAAUACUAGCGUGAGACUGCGGCGCCCACGAGAAACAAAGGUGAAGAUGGACAGUCUGAAACUUAAAGCAAAUUAUAGACAGUCUGACCGAAAUAACAAAUUAGAGAAACCUAACCACAGAUUGAAAGAAAACAAAUUCAGACAUAGCAGAAAAACUGAACGUAAAUGGAAUGAAUGAACACAUAUAUCCAACCAAAAUGUCAAACAGAGAGACCGAGGAGGCGGCGGUGGCCAAGGAGACGGCUGGUUUCUGGUGACUAGUGACUGAGGAAGAAUAAGAAAAAGUCCCGGAGGAUUGCAUGGUCACUGCCUCACUGGUAUCACAGACAUGAAAGAUUUGAGGCCCCUCAGACCAUCCACUAUGGCUAGGUGGGAAAUUUGGGUAGGUUGAGGGGGGAAAUUUGGGUUUGAGGGUGGGAAACCCCACAAUGGGUUGGGAGGGAAAAGUGGGAGGUGCGUUUUUUUAUGAAUCUGAUUUAGUAUUAAUUUUGUCACUUUAGUUAGAUAAUUUGAUUAUUAUUUUUAUAUAGACAGUAAUAAUUAAUUAAGAUGAAU